CGGCAUGUAAGGAGCUCUCCAGGGUGCUGAAGUUGACAGACACAACGGGGCUCCUGCAUCUGCCUCACUCUAUCAUAGAGACCAGAAAGAUAAUGAGGUGUUGUGUCUUCAACUGGGCAACGGUAUGACAUUUCACAUGAGUGAAAAUAUAGAGAAUACUGGAAUGGUGAGGUGAGGAUUAUUGCAAAAAAAAACAGGAGCUUUAAAAAGCUCUCCUCGGACUUCUCAGCUUUCAAGAAGGCCAAGAAAAGCAAUGGUAAGUGCAACCUAUUAUGAUUCAAGCUAUGCUAUUCACGACUGUCUCUUUGAGAUAUCAUGCUAUCAAAUACAGUGAUCUCACUCUCACAUCGCCUACUUUGUUUUAACAAUAUGCAGUUUAUACAACUUUGAAGUAUCCUAACCCUAAUUAUAAAUUAUCUUAAAAUAAAUAGGCUAACAUUAACUUUUUUUGCAGGUGUCUUUGGUUUGGUUUAUAAUGCUUUGAUGUAGGAUCAGAUCACAGUUCACCAAUACGGAUACUUAAGCAGGAUAAUGCAACAUAUUCCUCUAAAUGUUGGAGGUGUGCUAUGGGACUUAUCCAACUAUCCCUACAGCCCCAUCUUCAAGAGCAGACACAGCCUUGCAACGCUGCCAUUCUAUAACUUUCUGCUAUGGGUCCUGCUCGGGGUUUUGACGUUUCCAUGCUGUGUCCAGUGUUUAAUCUUCAAAGUUGGGGUCCUUGGGCCCUGGAACUGCGACCCGGUCUACUCCAAAGCCCUACCUGCGAUGGCCGCUAAACUGGCCGUGGGCAGAAUAAACGAGGAUUUCAGUUUAGAUUUGGGCAGCAAAUUGGACUUCGUGAUCCUGCAAGAAGCCUGUGAAACAUCUAAAGCAUUGACAACAUUUGUGUACUACGAGAAGAUGGUGGACGGUUUCGUCGGCCCCACGAAUCCAGGAUACUGUGACGCAGCCUCACUUUUGGGCAAAAACUGGGAUAAAGCUAUCUUUUCCUGGGCAUGUAUUAACUAUGAGUUGGAUCGAAUCAAGGGCUACCCAACCUUCGCACGGACACUGCCGUCACCUACACGGGUGUUGUUCACGGUGUUGAAGCAUUUCAGUUGGGCCAACAUCGGCAUCGUGUCUUCCAAUGAGGAUAUCUGGAUGGACACCGCCGGUAAAGUGGCCAACUCCCUGCGGAGCCAGGGACUUCCGGUUGGCAUAGUAGCGUCGGUGGGAAUGAACGAGACGGAGAUGGAAAGCACACUGAGCAGAAUCCAGGCUGCAGGAGAGAUCAAAGGCAAGUGUUUUUAAGAACAUCUUUACCUUCUCUUUGAUGAAGUUUUGGUUACUGGAGAGAUGCAAGUGGCUGGUCAGUUUAAAGGGAUAAUCCGCAGUUGAAGCAAUAACAAAUCGUUUCCCGCCCCUGUUUCAGUAAUAAGCUGAGGGAUGGGGCUGGAGAAAUGUAACAACUCUCAAAUUCAUAGACAGAGCUAUGGAUACAAGUACUAACCAUCCAUGAUAUCUACAUUAUAGUUUUAACCAUGUUUUGAGGCUAUAAAGUGUUUGUUUAUAUUUACUAUUUACUUUGUUUACAAACAUUGGAGUACAACAAGCAGUGGCGAUUUCAGCAUGUCAAUCUUGGUGGGGCAAACUUAACAUUUUUGGGGGGGAUGCAUGCCAGCAAAGCCACUACACUACACAACACAACACUAAACAAUACAUUUAAUUGCACUAUAACGGUGACAAACAGUGCCCACAAACUGUUAGGGUCUACAUAAAGCUGUCCCAACAGCAGAGCUUUCAGCACAAUGGCAUAAAUCCUUACCACCACUACACCUGGCUAUCAGCAGAGCCUUGUCUGGCAGCGAAACAGUUCAUUCAGCCUCAUUUACUGCCUUUUUAAAAACCAUAGUUGAUAUGGCUGACUUGCUUAAACAAAUGUGGUUACUACUGACUCCUUGUGGAUUUGUGUAAGUCGAUAAGAACCGCAUUCUCCUUCAAUAAUAACGAACACCAAAAUGAGUUUUGACAUUUAUGUUCAGUAAAAUCCUCAUGUUUAUUCUUAUAUCAAACACUUAGCUCUAAGGAUAAGCAAGUGCAAGCAAACGAGCUGCGACGAGGUAGGCCUAUUCAUUCAGCACUUUCAAAAUGGACACCGACAGAUUCAGAUAGAUGUUAGUUCAGAUAAAUUCAGCAAGAUGUUGAGGCCUUAACUUUACUCUUCUUUAAGUCACCACACACAGAGAGAGAGAGACAGAGAGAGAGAGAGAGAGUCGGUUAGCCUACCAUUUCAAGUAUUUGAUUAGGCCUAUGUAGUCUAAAAAGGAAGGAAAAUACAAUCAUGAUGAUCCACUUUUAUAUACAAUAUACAGACGCACUGCCCCCCGUUUCAGGAGAAGACCCAGAUGCAGACAGUGUCGAAGUAACAAAAGUUUAUUACUAGAACCAGGGGGCAGGCAAAACGACAGGUCAAGGUCAGUAAUCCAGAUCAGAGUCCAAAAGGCACAGAACGGCAGGCAGUCUUAGGGUCAGGACAGGCAGAGGUCAAUAAUCCAGGGUGGUGUGACAAGGUACAGAACGGCCGGCAGGCUCAUGGUCAGGGCAGGCAGAAUGGUCAAAACUGGGAAAUCAGGAACUUGAAAAAGACAGGCGCAAGGGGAAAACUGCUGGUAGGCUUGACGAAACAAAAUGAACAGGCAACAGACAAACAGAGAACACAGGUAUAAAUACCUGGGGAUAAUGGGGAAGAUGGGCGACACCUGGAGGGGGGUGGAGACAAUCACAAAGACAGAUGAAACAGAUCAGGGUGUGACAGACAGCGCAUUGCGCAAACAAAGCAACCCUCGCAAUAUCAACUGGAAUUACAUGGGUCUGUUUCUGAACUUUUUGUUGAAAACAAACAAAUGUUUGAAUGGGAAGAGACUGUCACUGGCAAACAUGGUUACAGACCCAACAACAUUAUAUAUUAUCCCCUCCUCAUAAAGAAAAGCACAUGAGCUAAUUAUAAUACACAAAGUAAGUAAAACAAUGAAAUCAUUCCAACAUUGCCUAAAAUGAUGAAUAAGAUAUUAAUGAGACAGACCUAUAUAAGCAAUAGGACUAUAACAACUGAGAUGUACAAACUAUGGCAUAAGAGAAUGACAAGCGGAUAAGAGGCUAUCUGUAAUUUCGAUUAAGACAUUAAUGAGCGAGCUAAGAUGGACGUAGUCACUAUAACUAUUUUUUCAGCACUUUUGAAAUGUACAGCGACAGAAUUCAGAACAUGAAACGUGCUUACAGUAUUCUCCAUGUACACCAAGUCAGAACCGUAGCAUAAAUAAAGGGGGCAUACAGUAUAAGCAGACAAUAUUCGAUGAUGACAUUUCUCUAACAAGUCAAGUCAAAACAGUAGGCUAAGUUCUGAGCGGGAAAGGGACCAACUUAUUAGCGUGAGGCACAUGGGCUACUAACAGCUUACUACACAACAUGCACUUAGUACUACUUUCUUAGUGUAAAAGAACAACGUUUAUCAGUCAUGGGUCAAGUGCAAGUACAGAUGAUUACAUGUAGUAAUUAGUAACAGCGCCACCCUCAGGCACUCCAGGUAAGUACAUGUACAUACAUCUUCCUUUCUUUACAUUUUCUAUUUAAUUUUUUAUGUUCUUUCAACACAGUGUUUCACAUUGCAAACAAUAAACUCUUUUUUUUCACAACAUAACAUAGACAUCACAAUUGUCAUCUCAUUGUUAAUGUCUUUUCAAUGUUUUAUUUAUUAUUUUAUUCUAAUUUUUUCUUUUUCUUUUUUUCUUUCAACAGUCUUUUCAGUAUAGUCUUUUCAGUACUGGUAGCGUUUUGGCAUUCUGAUAGGUCUUCAGUGUUGCUUUCCACUGUUUGUUUUGGUGUUGUUGGUGCUGGAGAACACACAGGUGAGUAGUUUUCAUCCACCGGAUAAGGUAAGUUCAUUACGGUUUCUGAGUGUCUCUCUGGGUGUGUUGUUUCAUGUGUUUUUAACAGGUGUCUCCGGUUCCUUUUGUAGAUUCUCUCGUUUUGUGUUUGUACUAUGUAUGACCUUGGCUGGUCAUGUUUUCCAAGUACAAUUGCUGGUUGCCAUUUGUUGUCUUGUCUGAUCCUGACUCGUUCUCUUUCCUCCAUGACUGAAAGCUUACGUGUGCCUUGGUCAAAGUAGUGUUUUUGUCUCUGUUGUCUGCUUGUGAGACGGCUCCUGACAUGCUGAUAGAGUCCUGGCUUUAACAAUCUCUUUGAUGUCGGAAUCUUUGUCUUCAGCCUUCUUCCCAUUAGUAGUUGUGCAGGUGAGAGACCAAUUCCAUCCAGGGGUGUGUUUCUGUACUCAAGGAGAGCUAUGUAAGGAUGUCCAUUGCUGUCUCGUGCUUUUUUCAACAGGUUCUUCACAGUCUGAACUGCUCUCUCAGCUUGGCCGUUUGACUGUGGAAAUCUAGGGCUCGACGUGACAUGUUUGAACUCCCAGCUGGUAGAGAACUCGGACAUUUCUUGACUCAGCAACUGUCUUCCAUUGUCGGAGCACAAAACGUCGGGCACCCCAUGCCUUGCGAAUAUUGACUUUAGUGCUGUAAUGACGUGUUUGUGACUUGUUGUCCCACUGAGCUUGGAGAUUUCUGGGUAUUUUGAGUAGUAAUCCACACAUAGUAGAUGUGGUUGUAAUGGAAGAGGUCCACUCCAACUUUGGCCCAAGCUCUCUCUGGGACUGGAUGAGAUAUGAGCGGCUCUCUUUGGUUGUUGUAUUUGUAUGUGUUGCAGACUGCACAUUUUGUUACAACAUAUUCAAUCUGUUUAGCCAUGCCUGGUCAGAACGUCCCUUGCUCGUUCCUUACAUUUUACGAUUCCCAUGUGUGCUUCAUGGGUUUUUUCCAUAAUUUCUUCUCAAAUUUUCGGAGGAACGACAAGUUUUGAACUUUUGAACAGCAGUCCAUCUGAGUAUGUCAAGUCCUCUCUGAAGGUCCAGUAGUGCUAUAUUUUCUUUGCAACGUUCCCUCUCGUGUCUGGCCAUUCUUUUUUAACUGUUUCUGUGACCAGUCUUAACUCUUCAUCUUCUGCUGUUACUGUUUUGAAUUGCUGCAGUUUUUCUUCUGAAACCGGUAGUUGAUGAGAAAUGUAGUUUACAUCUAGCUCACCAUCCAGCAAUUUCUCUCUCUGUUCCUUCAGGUAUGCUCGGCUCAGUGGAUCAGCGAUGUGUAUCUCCUUUCCUUGUUUAUAUGUCACAUGUAGACUGUAUCUCUGUAGUCUCAUCAGAAUUCUCUGCAGUCUGGCUGGUGCUUUCUGGAGCAACUUCUUGAAGAUUGUUUCCAAGGGCUUGUGGUCUGACUCCACCUGGAUCUGUUUUCCAUACAGGUAUUGAUGAAACUUCUCGCAGCCAUAUACUAUCGCCAGUUGCUCUUUUUCAAUUUGAGUGUAUCUCUUUUGACAGUCUGUGAGGGAUCUUGACCCAUAUGCGAUUGGCUGACCAUCUUGCAGGAUCACAGCUCCCAAGUCUUCUGAGCUUGCAUCCACAGAUUGUGUCACUGUUUUUUUCACAUCGUAGUACUUUAAAACUGGCACAUUGCUGAUGAGUGUUUUAAAGCUUUUGAAGCUCUGUUCCUGUGAAGACUCCCAGUGCUACUGAACAUCUCCGUCUAGCAGUUGGCUCGGAGGUGCGCUGACAUCUGAGAGAUUUGGGAUGAACUUUGCGAGAUACUGCAACAUUCCCAUGAACCUCUGAAGCACUGCUUUGUCCUCUGGCUCUGGCAUUUCUUGUAUUGCUCUGACCAUUUCUGGUUUCGGGCCUUCUUUGCAUAACACAUGUCCAAUGUAGCACAUUUCUGUCAUUCUGAUUUGGCACUUGUCCUUAUUCAGUUUUGAUGCUUCUCAGUCUGUCUAGUAGCUGUCUCAGUCUCCGGUCGUGCUGCUCUGUGUCAUCACCCCAGACAAGAAUGUCAUCCAUGAUGUUUAUGACACCUUCCAGACCUUCCAAAUGCUGGGCGAGGCACCUCUGGAACACCUCUGGAUCGGAUGCGAUUCCGAACGGCAGUCUCUUGAAUUAAUACCUCCCAAACGGUGUAUUGAAUGUGCAGAGUCGGGAGCUCUCUUCAUCCAGUUGGAUUUGCCAGAAUCCUUGGUUUGCAUCAACUACUGAAAAUAUCUUGGCGUUAGGUAUUUCAGCAACUACAUCUUCAAUGGUACUUAAAGGAUAAUGUUCUCUCUUGAUGGCUUUGUUUUUCUUGGCUCACAGUACGUUCGGAAAAGCUCUUUUAAUACAUCCAAGUCAUCUACAUCAUCGACAAAAUCGAAAGUAUUGAAUACCUUGAUUGCAUCAUCUCCGGCUACGUGCAGGAAUGUGGCACAUUUCACUUUUUCAGAUUUCUCGGAGAUGCCACUGUCGAUGAUAUAAGGGUUUAAUUUCUGGAUCCACACAAUUUCCUGGUUUCUCUCCAGGUUCAGAGGAGGUCUCAUUUGUUCCAUCUUUUGGAAUGUUGAGGUUUCCUUUGUAUUACUUUUUAACACCAUGUAAUAUACACUGCUCAAAAAAAUUAAGGGAACACUAAAAUAACACAUCCUAGAUCUGAAUGAAUGAAAUAAUCUUAUUAAAUACUUUUUUCUUUACAUAGUUGAAUGUGCUGACAACAAAAUCACACAAAAAUGUUCAAUGGAAAUCAAAUGUAUCAACCCAUGGAGGUCUGGAUUUGGAGUCACCCUCAAAAUUAAAGUGGAAAACCACACUACAGGCUGAUCCAACUUUGAUGUAAUGUCCUUAAAACAAGUCAAAAUGAGGCUCAGUAGUGUGUGUGGCCUCCACGUGCCUGUAUGACCUCCCUACAACGCCUGGGCAUGCUCCUGAUGAGGUGGCGGAUGGUCUCCUGAGGGAUCUCCUCCCAGACCUGGACUAAAGCAUCCGCCAACUCCUGGACAGUCUGUGGUGCAACGUGGAGUUGGUGGAUGGAGCGAGACAUGAUGUCCCAGAUGUGCUCAAUUGGAUUCAGGUCUGGGGAACGGGCGGGCCAGUCCAUAGCAUCAAUGCCUUCCUCUUGCAGGAACUGCUGACACACUCCAGCCACAUGAGGUCUAGCAUUGUCUUGCAUUAGGAGGAACCCAGGGCCAACCGCACCAGCAUAUGGUCUCACAAGGGGUCUGAGGAUCUCAUCUCGGUACCUAAUGGCAGUCAGGCUACCUCUGGCGAGCACAUGGAGGGCUGUGCGGCCCCCCAAAGAAAUGCCACCCCACACCAUGACUGACCCACCGACAAACCGGUCAUGCUGGAGGAUGUUGCAGGCAGCAGAACGUUCUCCACGGCGUCUCCAGACUCUGUCACGUCUGGCACAUGUGCUCAGUGUGAACCUGCUUUCAUCUGUGAAGAGCACAGGGCGCCAGUGGCGAAUUUGCCAAUCUUGGUGUUCUCUGGCUAAUGCCAAACGUCCUGCACGGUGUUGGGCUGUAAACACAACCCCUACCUGUGGACGUCGGGCCCUCAUGCCACCCUCAUGGAGUAUGUUUCUGACCGUUUGAGCAGACACAUGCACAUUUGUGGCCUGCUGGAGGUCAUUUUGCAGGGCUCUGGCAGUGCUCCUCCUGCUCCUCCUUGCACAAAGGCGGAGGUAGCAGUCCUGCUGCUGGGUUGUUGCCCCUCCACGUCUCCUGAUGUACUGACCUGUCUCCUGGUAGCGCCUCCAUGGUCUGGACACUACGCUGACAGACACAGCAAACCUUCUUGCCACAGCUCGCAUUGAUGUGCCAUCCUGGAUGAGCUGCACUACUUGAGCCACUUGUGUGGGUUGUAGACUCCGUCUCAUGCUACCACUAGAGUGAAAGCAGCGCCAGCAUUCAAAAGUGACCAAAACAUCAGCCAGGAAGCAUAGGAACUGAGAAGUGGUCUGUGGUCACCACCUGCAAAACCACUUCUUUAUUGGGGGUGUCUUGCUAAUUGCCUAUAAUUUCCACCUGUUGUCUAUUCCAUUUGCACAACAGCAUGUGACAUUUAUUGUCAAUCAGUGUUGCUUCCUAAGUGGACAGUUUGAUUUCACAGAAGUGUGAUUGACUUGGAGUUACAUUGUGUUGUUUAAGUGUUCCCUUAAUUUUUUUGAGCAGUGUAUUAGCACACUCGGGCUCCCGAGUGGCGCAGUGGUCUAAGGCACUGCAUCUCAAUGCUUGAGGCGUCACUACAGACCCCCUGGUUCGAUUCCAGGCUGUAUCACAACCGGCCGUGAUUGGGAGUCCCAUAGGGCGGUGCACAAUUGGCCCAGCGUCGUCCAGUUUUGGUCAGUGUAGGCCGUUAUUGUAAAUAAGAAUUUGUUCUUAACUGACUUGCCUAGUUAAAUAAAGGUAAAAUAAAAUAAAUAAAACUGAGGCAGGAAUGCGAGUAAAAGAACAACGUUUAUCAGAUGUCAAGUGCAAGUACAGAUGAUCACAUGUAGUAAUUAGUAACAGUGCCACCCUUAGGCACUCCAGGUAAGUACAUGUACAUACAUGACACUUAGCUACAGUAUACAUACCUCCCUAGUAUAUUACAUAAUUUAUGCAGCAGCAUACAAGACACUUUUGGACUCACCGUUGUUGUGCUGUGCUCAGUUGAACAGGAAGGUGGUGUGGCGGUCCUUCUUGUGGGCAAAUUUUGUCAUCAAACUUUGUUUUCAAAGUCUGGCAUUCUCUGGAUUUAUGGUGCUUUCAAGACAACUGGGAACUCUGAAAAAAAACAAGGUCGAAUCAUGAUGUCAGUGAUCUUCAGGUUGGAGCUCUAGAAAGAGGCCAGAGUUCCCGACUUGGAAUUACGAGUUGGAUGUCCGUUCAAAACGUUCUUUUUCCGAGUUCUGAGAUUCUGAGAUUUCCCAGUUUCAAGUUUUCAGUUGUUUUGAACGCGGCAUAAGUCAUGCUGGAUUGACAGCAUGGCCAAUGUAUUUAACAAUUUCUGGACCAUGGUGUUGCGUGUGAAAAUGUAUCCUUUUAAGCUUGGAAAAGAGACCCUUUCAGACAGAUGUUUUAAAUCCUUAAACCCAGACAUGGACCAAACAACCUAUCCACCGAAAUAGCAGGCAGGGGAAGCAAAAUAGUGAUUGCUUUGCAAGGCUUAUAGUUAGCCACUGAUUCCUUCCAAACCACUAAUUGUUGAAUUUGCGAUUUCCAAUGGCCGAUGAGCACCGAUACGUUUUAUCUAUAAUUUAUCUUCAUAUGACAAGGAUUGAAAAGGAUUUGCCAGUAGAUUGUCGAUGUGAUUCAUGAUGAUGACUGCUUGUCUAGCUUGCUAGCUAAGAUUUUGAAAGUAUGAUGUUGACAUGAUCAGUCCAAUCAAAGCUAUGGUAGAUAUAACGUGAUUUGACAUCAUUUUAUCUGUGGCGAAUGAUCAUGAGCCUUCUUGGAUGGGCACAUCUAAUGUAAAUCUAUGGCAGCACCCAAUGGGGCUUGAACUGCCUAGCUCUCCCUGUAUAUUCUGCGGUGAUGUAGUGUCCCCAUGAGUGACAGAACACUGAGCCAGUCACGGCACAACUAGAGAAGAUUAACAACGCCUACGCUCUGUAUUUUCCACUGGCUGCCCCUCCACCACAGAAAGCACUGAGCUAGGCAGAAACACCUGCAUUUUGGAGCUGCCUUACUCAAGAAAGCAAGAAAGAGACCAUGUUUGUAUGCAGUUUAUUCACUCAAUAAAUGUGUUUUUACAUUGUUUGCAAACUGAUAUGUGACACAAAUUAAUGCCAAAAUAACAUGCAAAACAGGCAACAACAAAAAACAGGUGGGGCUCAUUUAUAAGUCCCUUAUUUUAUGUAGCAACUGCAGAUUGCCCCUUUAAGGUAGGGCCCUCUUGGGCAAUGAUGAAUGUUACCUCCUCAAGUGUUGAUUAAGUUAUUUCUGACUUGAUUAUUCAAUGCUUCCAACUGGAUUGUCAGGGUUGUCGCUCAAGUGUGAAUCAAUGCUAUUAUGAAUCAAUAAUUUGUUUGCAGUAGGAUGAUUCAGCAACAUGCACAGAUAUGCAAUUCCUUCAUGCACAUUACAGGUGUCGACCCCUCACUAUCUCUGUCCUGUGUGUUCCAGUGAUCAUCAUGUGCAUGCACUCUGCUCUGAUUGGUGGAGAGCAGCAGACAGCCUUCCUGCUGAAGGCCCAUGAGAUGGGUCUGACGAAGGGCCGCUACGUGUUUGUCCCCUAUGACACCCUGCUCUACAGCCUGCCCUACGCCAACACAUCCUACUUCCCCCUGCAAAACAACACCAAGCUGCGGCAGGCCUAUGACGCCGUGCUCACCAUCACCGUGUCCUCUGAUCUGAUGUCAUUCAACGAGGCGUUCAACAUGGCCAAGAGGUUUGAGGAACUCACCAUAUCACUGGUCCCACAGCAGGUGAGGAGAGUGUUUCUUGAUACUUUCAAUUCUGGGAUGUGAGUGGACUCCAUCUGAAUUUCAAUUGAUUGUUAUGUUAUCACAUUGUUAUUAUAAUAAUAUUAUGAAUUAGCCAUUGAUUGCAUUUAUUGAACAUUGGUUAUGUAGAGAAACACCAUAGUCUUCAGGCCAUUUGAUGUAUAACUUUUUUUGGGGUGAGUUUUAGAUCAGUGUAUCACUCUCAGUUUGGGAGAAGCUAAUCACUUUAGCCAAAUAAACCAUUUAUCAAUGGCCUACUUGCAUUCCAGGUCAACCCCCUGUUUGGAACCAUCUACAACGGUAUUUACCUCCUUGCCAAAGCCAUGCACAAUGCCAGGAGAGCUGGCCAGUGGCUCUCCGGGACCAACCUAGCUUAUUUCACCAGGAACAUGACGUUCUCUGGCUUCAACCAGAAGAUCCAGAUAGACACUGAAGGGGAGAGCCAGACCAACUAUGUCAUCCUGGACUCCGACGGAUGGGAGGGUCAGCUGUACCGCUCCUAUCUGGUGGACCUGAGCGCUGACAUGGUCCGCUUCGCGGGCAAAUCCAUUAACUUCCCCGGGGGUUCCCCUCCCCCUUCAGACUCCAGCUGUUGGUUUGAACCAAACACAAUCUGCACUGGAGGUAGAGAACCUGUUUGCUUGUUAGUUUGUGUCUUUCAUUCUUCCAUCACACAACCAAACUAUGUAUUUAGUCUCCAUGUCUUACCUGUCUCAGGUGUGGAGAUAACCUACGUCAUAGUGGUGUUUGUGAUCAUCUUCGUUCUGAUCGUGGGAGGACUUGGUCUAAGUCUGUUCGUAAGGUAACUCUUCUCACUAUGCUGUUCAUCUGUUUCUUACUGUAUUUUUAUGCCGUUUAGAUACAUAGAGACUAAAAACCCAGACAGAGAUAGUUGGUAUUGCUGUGCUGUGAUCUUGGCUGACUUGCUCUCUGAUUGGCUGGCAGGAGGAGAAUCCAGCAGAUCCAGUUGGUGAAGGGGCCCAAUCGGAUCCUACUGACUCUAGAGGACCUCACGUUCAUCAACCCUCAGCUUAGCAAGAGGGUAACUAUAUUUUCCCAUGUGAUUCUCUUCAACAUUACCUCUAUCUGAUAUACUGUAUGUUCAUUCAUCUAUUUUAUGCCUCAUAGAAAAUCACUCUAGAGGACCUGAGUGAAUCUAAAAGUGCAAUAGAUAACAACAGUAUGCAUUCAGGAGGCCCGCACCACUCUAUGAACAGCAUCACUACAGCAACACAUGAGACCACAAAUGUAGCUGUCUAUGAGGUAGGUUGACGAUGUUUACCGUUGAACCACAAGUCGACGUUUCGUCCCUAUCCCAAAAUAUUUCAAUGUGACUUGUAGAGAACGGAGCCCGGAUAAAACCGCAUAUUUUCUUCCAUGGCUUCACAGGGCGACUGGGUGUGGCUGAAAAAGUUUGAAGAAGGCCAUUUCAAGGAAGUCAAGCAGAGCACCACCAAGAUCUUUACAAAGGUAAAACCAAAACAUAACAACAACAGCAAGUUCAAGCACAAGUACAGUGAAAUGCUUGCGAGCUCUACCCAACAGUGCAGUAAUCAAUAUCUAAAAUAGUAUAACUAAUAAAUAAAUAAAAAUAUAAUAUAUAUAUAUAUAUAUAUAUAUAUAUAUAUAUAUAUAUAUAUAUAUAUAUAUACACUACCAGUCAAAGGUUUGGACACACCUACUAAUUCAAGGGUUUUUCUUUAUUUUUACUAUUUUUUUUACAUUGUAUAAUACAUCACAUUUAUGAAAUAACACAUAUGGAAUCAUGUAGUAACCAAAACAGUGUUAAACAAAUAUAUUUUAUUUUAUAUUUGAGAUUCUUCAAAUAGCCACCCUUUGCCUGGAAUUCGUCACCUGGAAUGCAUAACAGGUGUGCCUUCAAAAAAGUUAAUUUGUGGAAUUUAUUUCCUACUUAAUGCGUUUGAGCCAAUCAGUUGUGUUGUGACAAGGUAGGGGGGGUUACAGAAGAUAGCCCUAUUUGGUAAAAUACCAAGUCAAUAUUAUGGCAAUAACAGCUCAAAUAAGCAAAGAGAAAGGACAGUCCAUCAUUACUUUAAGACAUGAAGGUCAGUCAAUACGGAAAACGUUUCUUCAAGUGCAGUUGCAAAAACCAUCAAGCGCUAUGAUGAAACUGGCUCUCAUGAGGACACCACAGGAAUGGAAGACCCAGAGUUACCUCUGCUGCAGAUUAUUAGUGCAUUAGAGUUACCAGCCUCAGAAAUUGCAGCCCAAAUAAAUGCUUCACAGUGUUCAAGUCACAGACACAUCUCAACAUCAACUGUUCAGAGGGGACUGUGUGAAUCAGGCCUUCAAGGUCGAAUUGCUGCAAAGAAACCACUACUAAAGGACACCAAUAAGAAGAAGAGACCUGCUUGGGGCCAAGAAACACGAGCAAUGGACAUUAGACCGGUGGAAAUUUCUCCUUUGGUCUGGAGAUUUUUGGUUCCAACCGCCGUGUCUUUGUGAGACGCGGUGUGGGUGAACGGAUGAUCACCGCAUGUGUAUUUCCCACCGUAAAGCAUGGAGGAGGAGGUAUUAUGGUGUGGAGGUGCUUUGCUGGUGAAACUGUCUGUGAUUUACAUUUACAUUUUACAUUUUAUUCAUUUAGCAGACGCUCUUAUCCAGAGCGACUUACAGUUAGUGAGUGCAUACAUUUUAUUUCAAUUUUUUUUUUUCAUUAUUUCAAAUUCAAGGCACACUUAACCAGCAUGGCUACCACAGCAUUCUGCAGCGAUACGCCAUCCUAUCUGGUUUGGGCUUAGUGGGACUAUCAAUUGUUUUUCAACAGGACAAUGACCCAACACACCUCCAGGCUGUGUAAGGGCUAUUUUACCAAGAAGGAGAGUGAUGGAGAGCAUCAGAUGACCUGGCCUCCACAAUCCCCCGACCUCAACCCAAUUGAGAUGGUUUGGGAUGAGUCGGACCGCAGAGUGAAGGAAAAGCAGCCAACAAGUGCUAAGCAUAUGUGGGAACUCCUUCAAGACUGUUGGAAAAGCAUUCCAGGUGAAGCUGGUUGAGAGAAUGUCAAGAGUGUGCAAAGCUGUCAUCAAGGCAAAGGGUGGCUAUUUGAAGAAUUUCAAAUAUAAAAUAUAUUUUUGAUUUGUUUAACACUUUUUUGGUUACUACAUGAUUCCAUAUGUGUUAUUUCAUAAAUUUGAUGUCUUCACUAUUAUUCUACAAUGUAGAAAAUAGUAAAAAUAAAGAAAAACCCUUGAAUGAGUAGAUGUGUCCAAACUUUUGACUGGUACUGUAUAUAAGAAAUAAGAGAUGAAGCUAUGUAGAGGGUCAGUGCCAAUACCACAUUUACAAUGUAUAGAGUCAUGUCUGGGAUGUGAGUUUUUUUUGUUUCUUCAUUUUGUGUGAAUGUGUCCAGAUGAAGGAUCUGCGAAAUGAGAACAUCAAUCCAUUCCUGGGGUUUUUCACAGACUGUGACAUGUUUGCCGUGGUGACGGAGCAUUGUUCCCGUGGCAGCCUGCAGGACCUCCUGAGGAACGACGACGUCAAGCUGGACUGGAUGUUCAAGUCUUCUCUGUUGCUGGACCUAAUCAAGGUAUGACAUGCUUGACACCUCAUGUUACAGAACUUUUUUUACUAGUGUAAUUUGUCCCAAUAAAGAUUUAAAAAUAUCUUCUAAAAACUGUUUCGGCCAGCAGAUCAUGUUCAUUUCAAAUGUUUUUAUUUUACUUUGUCAUAAGUAACACCAAUGGUUUACCACUGUUGAUCAUAUUGGCCUCUCAGGGUAUGAAGUAUCUGCACCAUCGAGAGUUCCCUCACGGCCGGCUGAAGUCACGGAACUGUGUGGUGGACGGACGCUUCGUCCUCAAGAUCACAGACUACGGCUUUAACGAGCUGCUGGAAUCCCAGAAAUCCCCCCAAAAUCUAGUUCCACCUGAAGGUAACAUCUAUGCCUAGAUUAGCAUUUUUUGUGUGAAAAUGUUCAGUCUUCCAUAUCAUGUUAAAGGAGCAGUGCAGUCAAAAACAUGAUUUUCCUGUGUUUUAUACAUAUUUCCAAACAUAUUUCCAAACUGAUGUUAAUGCCCUUUUAGUGUAAGAGUUGUUUGAAAAGACUGCCUUUAAUUUCAGCUUGUUUCGCAUGGGUGGAGUUUUGGACCGCCUGGUGACAUCAUAACAAAGAGAGUUUGCCCUCCUCUCUGCCAAUAGCAGUUCGUUUUCAGGUUACACAUCCCUCCCACUAGGCUCCUCCAGUUAGGCCCCUCUCAGACCACUCCCAAACAGUCCUAGCAAAAUUCUUGCUUGAGAAAUGACAUUUUGCUAAGAAGUUAUUUUUGUUUGUUUUUGACCAUUUGAAUUGAAAACAAUCACAGUAAGGUACUUAAUUGUUAUCCAGAAAUGAUUUGGCUGCAUUGGACCUUUAAAGAUGGACUUGACACACAUUAAUUUGUAUUUCUAGUUUGUGAGCAUAAAUCUAUGUCAUUUAGAUUAUGUAUGCUUCUCAUGUGCUGCAUUUAACUACAAUGCCAAAAUCAUGACCCUGUGCCUCUGUAUCUCAGAUCAGUUUUGGACAGCUCCAGAGUUCCUCCGAGAUGUGGAGAACUCUCGGAAGGGGACCUAUAAAGGAGAUGUGUAUAGUUUUGCCAUUAUACUCCAAGAGGUGGUUGUCCGAGGACUUCCAUAUUGCAUGCUGGGUCUGACUCCUGCGGGUAGGUCUGGGGGAUACAAAACCAUACAAUCCACUCUGAGAGGCAAUUUUUUGUUUUACCUUGAGGUCAUUUUUCUGUCUUUUGUGAAUCAACAUCAAUUGAUUGAUUAGUUAAACUGUUAUCGUUCGAGUAAGGUCAGAGUUGUAAAUCACAAUAAUUUCCCUAUCUACAGUGUAUUAUGUAGCGACAUAUUGUACAUACAGAAUUUCUGCUUUGCUUUCACAAACUGUCUAGUACCAGCUGCCAAUAAGCUGUGUAAUGAGUUGUUAUGCUCCCGUGCUGCUGCUAUAUAACCUCUCUCCUCUCUUUCUCUCUCCCUCACCAUCAGAGAUCAUCCGUAAGGUGAAGAAGCCUCCUCCCAUGUGCAGGCCCACUGUGGCCCCAGAUCAGGCUCCUCUGGAGUGUAUCCAGCUGAUGAAACAGUGCUGGAGCGAACAGCCUGACCGCAGACCAGCCUUCGAUGAGAUCUUUGACCAGGUCAGCAACCCUCAUCUGUCUCCAUGGUUAUCUGCUGUCAGUGUCAUAGCAGGGUAAUGCAGGGAAUAUGUCUGGGUAAUUAUUCAUUGGCCGUGUCCGGAACCUGUCUUGCCUACUACUUAAUAAAAGAACAUACUGUGUACUAAUCAAACUACAUACUAUUUAGAAUGUACUGUUUAGUAAAAACGAAUGCAGUAAGCAACAAAUAUUAACAUACUAGGCUCACCCAUCCUGUCACGAUCAUUGAUGAACGGGUCAGACCAAGGCGCAGCGUGAAAUGCACACAUGUUUAUUUUAUAAACUAAACACACGAACAAAACAACGUGACGUGACGUGACGUGACGUGACGUGACGUGACGUGACGUGACGUGACGUGACGUGACGUGACGUGACGUGACGUGACGUGACGUGACGUCCUCAGGCUAAACACAAUACAAGCCUAUACACGGAACAAGAUCCCACAACUAAUGAUUGCAAACAGGCUACUUAAGUAUGAUCCCCAAUCAGAGACAACGAGCGACAGCUGCCUCUGAUUGGGAAUCACACCCGGCCAAACAUAGAAACACAAUACCUAGAAUGUAAACAUAGAAAUAAUAACAUAGAUCUCCACACCCUGACUCAACAUACAAGAGUUCCAUACGUCAGGGCGUGACACAUCCUGAGAAUGUGUCAUCUAAUAAUGCGCAAUUGCGUUGAUUCCCGACAUUCAUUCAUUUGGGUACAGCGCGUCCCCUUAUCUCAUUAUCAGCUGAUUAUCAGCUGUUGUCAAACACACAUGAGUCUGGAAUAGGGUUGCAAAAUUCCGGGAACUUUCAAUAAAUUCCCUGGUUUUCCCGAAAUUCCGGUUGGAGGAUUCCCGGAAUCAGGAGGGAAUAAACAGGAAAUCCGGAAUCCUCCACUCAGGACUUCUGGAAAACCAGGGAAUUUACUGAAAGUUCACGAAAUUGUGCAACCCUAGUCUGAAAAGAUGAUUCUCUUCCUCAAAAGUGUGCAGCGAAUUCUACUACAUGAAAAGCCGAAAUUAGUAUAACAUCCUGGCAUUUAAAGCAUACUUGAUUUUUGAAAUUUCACAUAUUAUAAAACUUUCUAUUUUCGCGUACAUAAAAUGGAUACGAUUUAGAAACGCUAGUAUUGGUAUUCAGGCACGGACAAAGUCUUGGCUCAUAGCUUUAUGGAUUUUUUGCAGAGAGCAUAAGUCAUACCUGAUAUUACAUAAUGUAGUGGUGCACCGAUGAUGAUGAUGAUGAUGAUGAUGAUGAUGAUGGUGGUGGUGGUGUUGUGUCACAGUUCAAGCUGAUCAACAAGGGCAAGAAGACCAACAUCAUUGACUCCAUGUUGCGGAUGCUGGAGCAGUACUCGUCUAACCUGGAGGACCUGAUCAGAGAGAGGACAGAGGAGUUGGAAGUGGAGAAACAGAGGACAGAGAAACUGCUCUCUGAGAUGCUACCUCCGUGAGUCAAGCAUCAUGUUAUAACACACACAGAGACAUCUAAAGAAGUCAAUGGGCAUUUUGUUAUUUCAAGAUAUCAUUCUUGUACAAUGCCAAGGGUAUUAUCGUUCCAUCCCAUGAUACAGUACAGUACUUGUAACUUUUAAUGAUUGUUUGUUGCUCUGUGUCAUGUUACCACGAACACAAAAUGUCCCUUGUCACAUUACAGUUCUGUGGCAGAGGCUCUGAAGACGGGUGCGACGGUGGAGCCAGAGUACUUUGACCAGGUCACAAUCUACUUCAGUGACAUAGUAGGCUUCACCACCAUCUCCUCCCUCAGUGAUCCCAUCGAGGUGGUGGACCUGCUCAAUGAUCUGUACACGCUGUUCGACGCUGUGCUCAGCAACCACGACGUAUACAAGGUCAGUUAUACUAUUUUCACACUACUGAGUUGAACCAAAAUGAGCUGAGCCGAGGCAUCAUAGUUGCGGGUUGGGGUGCCAUGCUAGGGAAGCUUCACAACAGCACAAAUCAAGUGACGUGAGGAUUUUUCGAGUAUCAAUGUGGCAAUGUUUUACUAUAUGCCUGUUUGUUUUCAUUAUGUAGGUGGAGACCAUUGGUGAUGCCUACAUGGUGGCAUCAGGUCUCCCCAAGAGGAAUGGCAACAAACACGCAGCGGAGAUAGCCAACAUGUCCCUGAACAUCCUGAGCUCUGUGGGCACCUUCCAGAUGCGCCACAUGCCGGGCGUGCCCGUCAGGAUACGAAUAGGGAUACACUCAGGUGAGAGAGGGCAGGGGUUGUCCCUGCCUGGCAGAGACACUCUGAAGCUAGGCCACAUUAGCUAGUUCAUCAAUCUUGCUCAAUGGAUGAAUGCCAACAUGAGGUGUUUAUAAAUUUCUUUCCAAAAUGCUAUUUAUCAAUUUUCAGAAAUCUUGGUAAAUCAGCUUCUACUGUUUAAAGAACUUAUGAAAGAGAUUGGUGUGAAUUUUCACUAUCUAAUCAUGGCAUGGGUUUGUUCAAUGACAGACAUGUAUUUGUUUGAAAUCUAUCACUUGAUGGUUUCAUUUCAGAGAGACAAAUAAUCAUGUUUAUUCUUUAAACGCUAUAUAUCCACCUCACUCUCAGAGAAAUAAGUAGUAUUGCUAGGUUUUGCACAGUCAAAUGUAACAAAUAACUACAUUUUUUAUAAAGAACCGUACAAAUGAUACAUCAAUAUAUAUAUAUAUUUUUUAAACUAUACAGUAAUAUGACAUCUGUAUGUAAAACAUUAACAUUUGACAUUUUUGUAAUUUAGCGGAUGCUCUUAUCCAGAGCGACUUACAGUUAGUACAUUCAUCUUAAGAUAGCUAGGUGAGACAACCAAAUAUUACAGUCAAAUAUACAGUCUGCAAACAUUCCAUUCCAGCUAAAAAAUUUAUAUAUAGUGUUUAGAAAAAUAAAACUACAUUUUAAUGCACACUUAAAAUCAAUUAAUUGAAAUAGUAAUAUUUUACACGCACAUGAAGGUACCCAUAAGCAGCAAUCAUUUAAUCAUUUCUGGUGAAAAAACACAAAUGUGAAACAUUUGUGGAUAUAGCAUUUUGGAAAUAAACUCUUCAUAUCAUAAUCAAUCACUUUUUUGUCUUGGCGUUUUUCCUAUUUUGUUGCAUUACAACCCAUAAUUAAAAAUUAUUUUUAUUUGGAUUUCAUGUAAUGGACAUACACAAAAUAGACAAAAUUGGUGAAUUGAAAUGAAAAAAAUAACUUGUUUAAAAAAAUUCUAAAAAAUUAAUAAACGGAAAAGUGGUGUGUGCAUAUGUAUUCACCCCCUUGCUAUGAAGCCCCUAAAUAAGAUCUGGUGCCACCAAUUACCUUCAGAAGUCACAUAAUUAGUUGAAUAAAGUCCACCUGUGUGCAAUCUAAGUGUCCCAUGAUCUCAGUAUAUAUACACCUGUUCUGAAAGGCCCCAGAGUCUGCAACUGUCACGAUCGUUGGUUAGAGAGGACCAAGGCGCAGCGUGUUGAGCGAACAUACUUUAAUAGUAAAGUGCAAACACGAAUACAAAACAAUAAACGAUACGUAACGUCCUCAGACAAUGACUGACAAGGAACAAAAACCCACAAACACAAGGUGAAAACAGACAUUAUAAAUAUGGCUCCCAAUCAGAGACAACGAGCCAAACAGCUGACACUCGUUACCUCUGAUUGGGAGUCACUCAUCCAAACAAAGAAAUACAACCACAUAGAACAACCCAACCAAACAGAACACAACGAAACGAACACACCCUGGCUCAACAUACAAAGUCCCGGAGCCAGAGCGUGACAGUACCCCCCCCUAAAGGCGCGGACUGCGACCGCGCCUCAAUAAGGGCUAAACAAGGGAGGGCUGGGUGGGCAUACCUCCUCGGCGGUGGUUCUGGCUCCGGCCCUGAUCCCCACCUCCUCUCCAACCCCCCAAAGUACCCCUGGUCCUGUCUAGCCCCGCUGGUCGGAGCCGGACUGACGACACGCGCCCCUGGCUUGGUGCGUGGAACAGGAACGGGCCUCACCGGACUGACGACUCCAUUCCCUGGUUUGGUGCGAGUAGCAGGAACGAGCUGGACCAGGCUGACGACUCGCAUCCCUGGUUUGGUGCGAGUAGCAGGAACGGGCUGGACCAGGCUGACGCCUCGCACCCCUGGCUUGGUGCGAGUAGCAGGAACGGGUUGGACCAGGCUGGCGACUCGCACCCCUGGUUUGGUGCGAGUGGCAGGAACAGGCCGGGUCAGGCUGGCGACGCACACCGUAGGCUUUGUGCGUGGAGCAGGGACAGGCCGGGCUGGGCUGGCGACGCACACCGUAGGCUUUGUGCGUGGAGCAGGAACAGGCCGGGCUGGGCUGGCGACGCACACCGUAGGCUUUGUGCGUGGAGCAGGGACAGGCCGGGCUGGACUGGCGACGCACCUCGUAGGCUUGGUGCGUGGAGCAGGGACAGGCCGGGCUGGGCUGUCGACGCACACCACUGACUUGGUGGGAAUGGCAGGAACCGGCCGGGCUGGGCUGACGACGUGCACCACUGACUUGGUGGGAAUGGCAGGAACAGGCCGGGCUGGGCUGACGACGCGCACCACUGACUUGGUGGGAAUGGCAGGAACAGGCCGGGCCGGGCUGUCGACGCACACCACAGACUUGGUGGGAAUGGCAGGAACAGGCCGGGCUGGGCUGACGACGCGCACCACUGCCUUGGUGGGAAUGGCAGGAACAGGCCGGACCGUACUGGGGACACACACCACUGGCCCCACGCAGGGAUCAGGAACGGGCCGGACCGGACUGGUAACACACCCCAGUACCUCUCGCCGUGCCUCCACACUUUCCCUCUCCUCUGUGCCCAGUGGCCCCCCUAACCUGGCGGCCUUCUCUGCCAACGCUUUGCACCGCUCUAACCCGUACACCUGCUGCCCCGACGUCGUGAGCCCCCCCCUAAAAAUUUCCUGGGGGUCUCUCCUCCCCGUGGCCCAGGCCUCUCUCCCUCUUGCCAGACUCGCAAUCAUCUCCUCCCACGUCCAUCCUCUCUCCUCGUCACGCUGCUUGAUCUGGUUAAGGUGGGUUUUUCUGUCACGAUCGUUGGUUAGAGAGGACCAAGGCGCAGCGUGUUGAGCGAACAUACUUUAAUAGUAAAGUGCAAACACGAAUACAAAACAAUAAACGAUACGUAACGUCCUCAGACAAUGACUGACAAGGAACAAAAACCCACAAACACAAGGUGAAAACAGACAUUAUAAAUAUGGCUCCCAAUCAGAGACAACGGGCCAAACAGCUGACACUCGUUACCUCUGAUUGGGAGUCACUCAUCCAAACAAAGAAAUACAACCACAUAGAACAACCCAACCAAACAGAACACAACGAAACGAACACACCCUGGCUCAACAUACAAAGUCCCGGAGCCAGAGCGUGACAGCAACACCACUAUGCAAGGGGUACCACCAAGCAAGCGACACCAUGAAGACCAAGGAGCUCUCCAAACAGGUCAGGGACAAAGUUGUGAAGAAGUACAGAUCAAGGUUGGGUUAUAAAAAAAUAUCCCCUUAGAAACUUUGAACAUCCCACGGAGCAUCAUUAAAUCCAUUAUAAAAAAAUUGAAAGAAUAUGGCAUCACAACAAACCUGCCAAGAGAGGGCCGCCCACCAACACAUUAAUCAGAGAGGCAACAAAGAGACCAAAGAUAACCCUGAAGGAGCUGCAAAGCUCACAGCGGAGAUUGGAGUAUCUGUCCAUAGGACCACUUUAUGCCGUACACUCCACAGAGCUGGGCUUUACGGAAGAGUGGCCAGAAAAAAGCCACUGCUUAAAGAAUAAAAUAAGCAAACACGUUUGGUGUUUGCCAAAAGGCAUGUGGGAAACUCCCCAAACAUAUGGAAGAAGGUACUCUGGUCAGAUGAGACUAAAAUUGAGCUUUUUGGCCAUCAAGGAAAACGCUAUGUCUGGCGCAAACUCAACACCUCUCAUCACCCGAGAACACCAUCCCCACAGUGAAGCAUGGUGGUGGCAGCAUCAUGCUGUGGGGAUGUUUUUCAUCGGCAGGGACUGGGAAACUGGUCAGAAUUGAAGGAAUGAUGGAUGGCGCUAAAUACAGGGAAAUUCUUGAGGGAAAUCUGUUUCAGUCUUCCAGAGAUUUGAGACUGGGACAGAGGUUCACCUUCCAGCAGGACAAUGACCCUGGGCAUACUGCUAAAGCAACACUCAAGUGGUUUAAGGGGAAACAUUUAAAUGUCUUGGAAUGGCCUAGUCAAAGCCCAGACCUCAAUCCAAUUGAGAAUCUGUGGUAUGACUUAAAGAUUGCUGUACACCAGCGGAACCCAUCCAACUUGAAGGAGCUGGAGCAGUUUUGCCUUGAAGAAUGGGCAAAAAUCCCAAGCCACUGUAUUUCCUUUUCUAACUGUCUGUAUGUGGGGAUCCAUCAGUCAUAAUGAGGGAGGUUGGAGCAGUAGCAGGCCAGGGUUUGGUUUCUCAAUGUGAUGGCUGAGAUGUGAUGCUCAUGUGUUGUGUGUGUGUACAGGGUCAUGUGUUGCUGGGGUGGUGGGUCUGACCAUGCCUCGGUACUGCCUUUUUGGAGACACAGUCAACACUGCCUCUCGUAUGGAAUCCACUGGGCUGCGUGAGUAUCAGAGGUUCUUGGUGUUGAUUUACAAAACAUUAAGAACACCUUUUUAAUAUUGAGUUGCACCCCCCCCCCCCACCCCCCCAUGUUGACUCCAAUGCUUCCCACAGUUGUGUCAAGUUGGCUGGAUGUCCUUUGGGUGGUGGAACAUUCUUGAUACACACAGGAAAUUGUUGAGCGUGAAAACCCCAGCAGCGGUGCAGCUCCUGACACAAACCAGUGCGCCUGGCUCCUAAUACCAUACCCUGUUCAAAGGCAUUUAAAUAUUUUGUCUUGCCCAUUCACCCUCUGAAUAGCACACAUACACAAUCCAUGUCUCAAUUGUCUCAAGGCUUAAAAAUCAUUCUUUAACCUGUGUCCUCCCCUUCAUCUACACUGAUUGAAGUGGAUUUAACAAGUGACAUCAAUAAGGGAUCAUAGCUUUCACCUGGAUUCACCUGGUCAGUCUGUCAUGGAAAGAGUAGGUGUUCUUAAUGUUUUGUACACUCAGUGUAUUUCUGCUCAGGAUGUCUGCAUUAUUUUGCUGGUAUGGUUUGUAGUGACAGUGUUAUUUCCUUUCAGCUUAUAGAAUUCAUGUGAACAUGAGCACUGUGAAGAUCCUGCGCUCCCUCAACGAGGGCUACAAGAUAGACGUCAGGGGCAUGACAGAGCUGAAGGUAUAAACACCUCACAAUACAUCAUCCUCUGUGUUCACCUGUAGUAUUUCUUUCAACUGUUUAUAAAUAAAUCAUGAAUAAUGAUAUGUUCCUACAGGGUAAAGGCAUUGAAGAGACAUACUGGCUGGUUGGGAAAGAAAACUUCACAAAGCCUUUACCGAACCCUCCAGAAAUUAAACCAGGGUAAGACCUCACAAUACAGUACCUUAUGUUGAGACCCUGGUGAGAACCACUCUAAGUGAAUCGUAACAUGUCUACAUUUCAUUCAGUGAAUAUUUGUGCAUUGAUUAUACAGCAGUUGUAUGUGUUUAUGUGUAAUAAUUUCACUAAUUUUCUCAUCAUUCACUGCAUGAGCAAAAUGGAGCCCCAAUGAGUACCAGGAUGUGUUUGAGGCUGUUGUGGUGGCGUUACAUGUGUUGUCUACUUUAGGGAUGACAAUCAUGGACUGAACCCAGAGGAUAUAGCUGCGUACAAGAGAAAAAAAGCAGAGAAAAAAGCUUGAUUCUCUGAGUCAAAAUCGAGGAGGUAGCUAGCAACUUGCAUGCCGUGCUCUGUUGUGUCAUGGUGGAAAGCUAGUUGUUGUGUGGGUUCUUAUGUUGCAUGUAGUUUGUGGCUUUCACAAUCUGUGGGAUUUUGUUGAGCCCCCUCUACUACCCCCCCGCCCCCUCUACUGUCCAUCCAUAGUCUCUUGACCUGAUCUCUUCAAGUCUUGAUCUGAUCUCUUCUCUAAUCUUCUGAUCUUAUCACCUUCAAUACCGUUAAAAGCAGAGCUUGACCUUCCCAGAAAAGCUCUAUUCAUUUUGGAUAAUCUCUUUCCAUCGUGAGUGGUUCACCCUCGUUACCGUCCUUCCUUUCUUCUCAGCCUCUCAUUUGAUGCAGCACCUCUAAGACACAGGUGGCUGGUGACACCUUAAUUGGGGAGAACGGGCUCGUAGUAAUGGCUGGAACGGAAUUCAUGGAAUUCACUCCAUUCACUCCAUUCCAGACAUUAUUAUGAGCCAUCCUUCCCUCACCAGCCUCCUGUCCUCUAAGACAAUUAACAUUCUGAGUCAUGCUUCUUCUGCCAUGUCAUCUCUCUCAUCUUGUCUCGCCAGUGAAGGUACGUAGAGUUUAAAUGUUAUUUGAUCUUCCAUUCUCAGGGACAACUGGCAAGAGAUGGUGACAGAUGAGAUCAAGACGAUAUUUCGCAAGGCCAACCGGGAGGUGGACAAGCCUAAAAUC